AUGUCCGAUACAAACCCUCCCAUUUCGCGGUACGCAAUCCUGGUCGGAAUCAACGCUUACCAAGAAAAGCCCCUUGAAGGGAGCGUCCGGGAUGUGCAAAGAAUAGAGCGAUAUUUAAAGGAAGCUUCGACUUCAGUUCAGACGGAGAUGUUGACAGCGACCAAGGGCGACAAUGAUUCAGGAGGUCGAAGUUUGAUGGAACCGCAGCAUCUCUGGCCAACUCACCAAAAUGUAAUCUCCGCUCUAAUGCGAGUGCUUUCUUCAGCAAAGACUGGGGACCUGGUUUAUGUACAUUACUCUGGUCACGGGACUCGAGUAGGAUCAAAAUAUUUACACUCCAACUGGUCUACAGGAGAUCUGGCUUUGGUCUUGCUAGAUGAGCGUAAUGAGGGCCGUGAAAAAUACCUGUACGGCGCUGUGUUAGCCAAUUAUCUACGGAAAAUGGCCGAUAAAGGACUGGCGAUUACUCUUGUGCUUGACUGUUGUUUCUCUGCUGCCGUUUAUCGCCGCGAAGACUCCAGGGCUCGGUACCUUCCUUACAACCCUGACCUUGCAAAUAGCUGCGCAGAGGAGACCAGCCGUUCAGGCACCGGAGAUCGAGAUGCUUCCAUGUUACCCAAUUGGCUAAUCAAUCCGGAUGUGUACGCAAUCCUCGCCGCGUGUGGGCCCCAUGAAGUGGCGAAAGAAAUUGAGCUCGGCAAUGGUCAAAUGCAUGGAGCCUUGUCAUACUUUCUGUUCUCCUUCAUCGAGAUCAAUGGUCUUGGGAUCAGACACGAUGCUAUUCAUAAACAUUUAACUAGCAAAUUUCGAGAGUCGAAUUUGCAUCAGCAAAGUCCUGUCGUAUAUGGAAAUAGAAAUCAACCAUUCUUUCAACAAUCCGACUUUGGGAAUCCCCGCAUGAUUACUUCGAUUAUUAUGAAUCGGGAUAAAAGCUUUAUGUUGAGCGCUGGCAAUGCCCAUGGGGUUUCUAUAGGAGACUGCUUUGCUUUACAAGGCAUUGAUUCCGAAGGGGAUCGCUCCCAGUCAAGCGGACACUCUUUAUCUGUUCAAGUUGUCCAGGUAGGGCCUCUCACCUCCAAGGUAGAACUGCUUGGAAGCUCGGCAUCCUCACUUAACCGAACUACAUGGUUUGCCACAGGGUAUCCUAGGAUAUAUUUCCAAAAAUACCCGGUUCGACUAGCCGGUGACCUUCCACACCUGCAAAAGCUUCUGGGAGCAUUGCAGGCGCUGUCUCUAAGCUGUCAUAUGAAUGAAGAACAACCGUACUUAUUCUAUAUUACUAUGAACAACAACAGCCAGUACGAAAUCUAUGACGUGCACGGGAAAAUCAUUGAAAAUCUGCCAGAUAUGGUUCAUGGCAAAAAUGACUUUAGCUCCAUUUCAAACAUUGUUGAGCAUCUGGUGAGAUACAACUUCACCAGAGAUUUAAACAACAAUACAAACGCAGAACAAUUUCAGCAGCUGUUUGAUGCGCAUAUCAUCAGUGCGUCUGGUGAGACUUAUGCACCCGGAAAUUUGGUAGAAACAGAUGAGGGUGUAGUGCAUCGUGUGAUAGUGACAAACAAGGGACAAACAGAGCUAUACGUCCACAUAUAUAGCCUGGGACCAUCCUGGCAGAUUGUCAAUAUUUCAAGAGGCUGUGAAGUGAUCCCUCCUCCAAAUCCCGAUCUUGGGUUCAAAGAAAUGAGGAGAAAAUUCGCAAUGAAAGUGCCAACUGAGCUGGUUGGGAAAGGUCACAGGCAGUGCGAAGACACCAUUAAAAUCAUUAUCACCUCCCAACCAACAUCAUUUGACCUACUUGAAUUGCCAGCGGUUAGCAAGCUUGGAAUCAGAACGUCAAACAAAAAGGGUACUGUCCGAAAUGGCGGAUAUAGCCGCAAUGGCACAUCGGAGAAUUGGGCUGCAUUGAGUUUUCCUAUCCGAACCUAUGUGAAAUAG